CAUCGACGGUGAACGCAAGGCGAAGGCGCGGAAAAGCGCGUGGAAAAACCAAAUAAAAAGUUGAUGGAAAUCAGGGUCUAAUAGAAGCAGAGACACAAAAAAGUGUUGUGUGUGAAUAAGGGAAAUCAAAACAAAAAUAUAUCUUGCCCACAGAAAUUGCCAUAGAUCAAAGCUCGCAAAGCAAACAAAGUGCGAAUUGAUAGGACACAAAGCAAACAUUAAAAAGUGUUAGGAAAAAGAAUAUAUCGAGGAUUGGAGGGAAAGUGAAAAAGUAUAGCUGCAACACUAAAAAGAGACCGCAAAUCGAGUGGGUCAUCGCAAAAUGUUGACCCUGUGGACGGCACUUUUCUGCUGCCUGACGGGGCUGGCCGUGUGCUACCAGCGGCAAUCUGUGAGCAACAACAACCACAACAACGCCGAGGCGAAGCCCACCCACGCACCCCCCUCGCAUUAUCCUCAUGGCCACAAGUGGAACGAGCCGUACUUUGAUCUCACGAUGCCCAGGAACAUCACAUCACUGGUGGGCAAGUCCGCGUAUCUCGGCUGUCGUGUCAAGCAUCUGGGCAAUAAGACGGUCGCCUGGAUACGACAUCGUGACCUGCACAUCCUCACCGUGGGCACCUAUACCUAUACGACAGAUCAGCGGUUCCAGACCUCCUACCACCGGGACAUCGACGAGUGGACCCUGCAGAUCAAGUGGGCACAGCAGCGGGACGCCGGGGUCUACGAGUGCCAAAUAUCCACGCAGCCCGUGCGCAGCUACUCGGUCAACCUGAACAUCGUGGUGCCCACGGCCACCAUUCUGGGAGGACCCGAUCUGUACGUGGACAAGGGCAGCACCAUAAAUCUCACUUGCAUCAUCAAGUUCAGCCCGGAGCCGCCGACCCAUAUCUUCUGGUAUCAUCAGGAUAAGGUCCUCAGCGAGGAGACUUCGGGCGGUCGGCUGAAAUUCAAGACCAUAAAGUCGGAGGAGACCAAAUCCAUUCUGCUCAUUUACGAUGCGGAUCUCCUGCACUCCGGCAAGUACUCCUGUUAUCCUUCGAACACGGAGAUAGCCAGCAUACGCGUCCACGUCCUUCAGGGCGAGCGACCCGAGGCGAUGCAAACGAACGCGGCCCCGGCAGCCGUCGCCCUGGCCUGUUGGUCCUGUCACUUUGGCCAGGCCACGCAGGCGGUCAGGGUAAUUAGCACAAUGGUGGCGGCACUUGUUUUGUUGGAGGCCUGCUCCUCGCUGUUGCUCCAAGGAGGUGGAGGUGGAGGUGCAGGUGGCGGCGGAGGUGGCGGUGGAUGUCCUGGAGGCGGAGGACCCGCUAAAAUCAGGGAGAGACUGGAGAAAUCGCGCCCAAGAUCCCCAGACGACCCCAAGGAACCCUCGACGACGUCUGAGGAGCGUGUCAAUAAUGGCAGCCGGAAUGCACGGUGAUAAAUUAAUGUCGCCCCGUUGGAAUUCCACCGCCAAUGCAGCGCCCAAAUGCAGCAGAAAUGAUUUAUGGGAGAAGUUGCAGGAGCAGCAGGAGCUGCAGGGAGCAGCACCUGAGGUCCUUCCACUCCAGCUGCAUGUAAUACCUUUCUGAAAAACCAACUAAUUAUGCUAAUGAUGGAAGAUGCUCCUGCUGUUGCUCCUUCGUCUCCUACUCACCAAAGUUGUAAGUAAGUGUGUUUCUAAUUAAGUGGGCUGGGGAUUAGUUAGUUAGGCGGAAAUCAGAGCCAUGUACAUAAACUUCUCACGUAAAUUGCCAGCACACUAGCGAACUUAGCUAAAUGGAAAGCAUUUCGAACGAAUCAUCAAAUUAGAGAACUAUAUUCAAGUGGUUUGCUUAUAGAGCCAGGCCUAGGUGUUUAAAGGAAUAUUAAAGUGAAUAAAAUGGAAAACAGGGGUCUUUAAUGAAUGGCAGAGAUUUGGAGGUGUCAUUUAAGGUGUUCCAAGAAAGGCAAUUAAGUAAUUCGCUCUAAAAACCCAAAGGGUAUCACAUAAUUCGUUCUCUAAGUAUAAGAAAAGAAAUUUAAUUUGUAAAUAGUGCCUGGGACACCUAAACACUGUUUUUAAGUAUCUACAGAUCUCCACAAAGACCCCUGAUUAGGAACUUAAGUAUAUACGUAGCGAAAGUUUACUCAGAUCGUUGUAAAUAAUAUUGGGAUUCGUUCUUGAUUUAUGUGUUGUCCUUGGGUUACCCUGUAUAGCCUAGCAUUUAAGCAAUGUAAAUAUUUAGAGAUACAAAGUAGCUAACUGUUUCGACACGAACUUCUUCGAAGGUUCCUAAACUAAUUUUUGAGCAAAUUUACAUGUCCACUGGUGACCCCCAAUAUCUAUGGGGAACUGGGGAGAAUUCAUGGGAAAUUCCUGCCAAAACCCGCCUCAGUUUGAAGUGCGACUUUCCGGACUAACAAUUUAUUUAGAAGAAUUUCUCCAAGUCAUGUGGGCAGUUCCUGUUCCCAUUUACCAACGCCCAGAACGAGUUCAUUGCUCCCCUAGUCCAGUAAAAUUUAGAGCUCCCAUUUCAGCAUGUCCGGUUGCAUUUUUACACCCAAACCCUGCCCGUUCCUCAGGAAAAAAGGGGGAAGACACAACUGGCAAGUCACUUUUCACUCUUGUCAACAAAAUAUUUGCAUUUCCAUUCGCCGAGGCGGUCGAAUGUGUUCAGGUUGGGUUUGUCUUGAAGGACUUUGUCCGGGAAACCGAGCCGAGCGAUGGCUCCUUCAUCCUGUGCCACAUUUAAAAAUGUAUGGGGCACUGGGAGUCCGGCCCCUUAAAUGGGGCUGAGUUUAACUGAUCAAAAUUGUAAAUAAACCUGCAUAUAUACCAUAUGAAUAAACUAUAAACUGUACUCAAGUAUUCGUGUGGUAGUCGUACAUUACAUAUAAAAACGAACACAUAAUGCACACUGCGCGCGAAUCAGUCAUAUAUAUCUUUAUAUAUAUAUGGAUAUGGAUUUAUAUACGUACAUGGAUGUAUCGGUAUUAAAAGUGUAAACCCAACGCAUGCAAAAUUAGUCGCGACAUGUAAAUGAAUGUUUAAUGGGUAAAUUAAUGUUGCCAUAAGCGGGACAGAAAAAACCAUGAAUAUAAUUGCAAUUAAGCAAAUAAAAUAAUAUAUGUUAUAAGCAUAAUAUGGGGAAAAAUAGCGAGUAUUAUAACAGAAGCCGAAAAGCAGAAUGCGGAAAUAAAAACAUAAAACAAAAACAAACUCUGUUGACUUUUGUUGCAAACAAAAUGGCAACGUAUUAUAAAGAUUAUGAAAUUGUUUUUAAUUUUUAAGCGAGUAGCCACGUAAAUAUGGAAAUCGGUAUGGAAAAUUUCAAUAAAGUUUUUUUAGUUACUACCAUCCAAAUGAUAAAUAUGUAUAACAAAA